AUGAUAUUACAUACAAUUUUACUAGUUGUAAUUUCUAUUGCAACAAUCAAUGGUAUGAGCAUUGCCUCUGUUAAACAAGAGAUAAAUGAGAAGUUCAAUGCCAAUUCAGUCACCCAAUGUACACUUAAUAUAAUUUUUACGACAUGCAAACCUACACCCACUGGUUAUACAUGUCCAUCUAUAGCUGAUUGUAUAACAGCAUUCUCUCGUCAAGCGCAACCAACUCAAUCCUACCAAGUUUUGAUUCCGGCAGGAUCUUAUGGACAAAGUGACUGUCCAGGAAAUGUAGGUGCACCACCACUCUCUGGCUCUCUUUCUUUUAUUGGUUACGGUGGUCUAGUCGAAUUCCAAUGUAAAUCUACACAAUUCAUUUCAAUCGAUUCUGGAGAUAAUCCAUUAAACAUUUUGUUUGAUAGUUUAUCUAUUAGCGGAUCUGCUACAUAUAAUGGAGGUAGUAUCGAGAUUCUUGGUAAUUCAACUAGUCCUUUAUACUCUAAUCUCUAUCUCUUGAAUGUAACUGGUAACGGUAGUUAUGCCGGUGAUUAUGGUGGAUUUGCAAGCUGUUCUUUCGCCAGAGUCUACGUUAUCAAUAGUACAUUCGUUGGUAACAUUGCACAAGCCGGAGGAGGUGUAGUUUUUGCACCAUUCGGAUUGCUUAUAUCACUGCAAUCGAACUACUAUAAUAACAGUAUCUACAGAACCAAUGGUGGUGCUAUCUACUCUUCAACUGCAAACUUGAUCAACUCCACCUUUACUGGCAACUAUGCUUAUAACGGAGGUGCUGUCGCUAGUAUCUACUCGAUGGAUGCUGUCAACUCCUCAUUCACUAAAAACCGCUGUUCAUAUGUAGGUGGUGCACUCUAUGCUUUGAGCGGUAUCAAAGUCUACGGUUCUACCUUCCAAAGUAAUAACGGCUAUUAUGGUGGCGCCAUAUAUGGAGUGAACAUGACCAUUGAUGUUUCAAGCUUCAAAGGUAAUCAAGCUUUGAAUGGUGGAGUCGGAGGAGCUGUAUAUGUAGCUGGUGAAAAUCCAGGACAAAUAGCCAUUUCCAACACAACCUUCAAUCAAAACAGUGCCGACGGUUCUGGUGGUGCCAUUUAUACCAUUGAAACAUCACUCUACUUGAUAAACUGUGUAUUCAAAAACAACUCUGCCAAUCAUGGUGGUGGUAUUUUUGUAUCUUAUAGAUCAUCAGACUAUACCGAAGUUAACAUUAUUAGUUCAAUACUAACAGAUAAUACCGCUGUUUCAAAUGGAGGUGCAAUUAAUAUGUUCGAAUCAAGCUACGGUCCAUUAUUAGUUAAUUUUUAUAAAUCUGUCUUUGAUAGAAACACUGCUGGUAACUAUGCUGGUGGUGCAUAUUUCUUGCAGUAUCCCAAACAAUUGUUGGGAGGUGUAUUCACCAACUCUGUUUCCAGUGAAACAGAUUCAUAUACUUUCUACUCUGAAUCGAUUCAAGGUGUAAACACUGCGAACAUUACAAUUCCAUCUGAACAAAACCCAUAUUAUGUAACUGUUUUUGAUGAACAAUCAUUUUCCUAUUAUAAAGCAAUAGGUGUAACUGGUUCAUGUUUUAAUGGUGUUGCUAAAAUCAAUGAAAAUGGAUAUAUUCUAAGUUGUUCAUGUUUUGCUGGUUCAACAGGUCCAUCAUGUGAUAAUUAA